CACUUGUGUCAACCACCUGUCCUCAACUUCUCCCAAGCUGAAGCUCUCAAGUCUCUCUUUCCGUUCUUUUAACCUUCUCCCGCACAUCACCACCACCACCACCACGUUCACUCAUCUACCCAUAUACACGUCCCGCACAGCCGCAACCAUGGCCUCCGCAAUCGACGUCUACACGCAGCUCCCUCUGACCGUCGACAACGAGACGCAAACGAUCAGCACGCCGAUGAAGCACAACGCAGAGCUGCACGCGCACCUCGAAGCGCUCAACAACCUGCACCGGACUUUGGCGACGCAGGCGCCACCCGGGGGCGUACCUCCGCCGCCGGUGCCGGUCCCGCCCCAGCGCUCCGCCGCAAUCGAGAAAAUGCGCAACAGCGGCAACCUGGCCUUCCGCAAGGGCAACUACCAGGAGGCGAUCCACCUCUACAGCCACGCCAUCUCCAUGGCGAUGUCCCGUCCGUCGUGGGAACCCGCGCCGCUGCUGAAGGAGGAGGCUCAGGUCUUGUUCGCAAACAGGGCCCAGGCACAUAUGAGCGCCAAUAACUGGCCUGAGGCCCUGGCGGAUGCGAAUCUGAGUGUCGACUUCAAGCGCGCGCAGAACCCGAAGGCACAUUGGAGGAAGGCGAGGGCGCUGAAGGAGAUGGGACGGCUCGAAGAGGCGAAGCAGGCGUUGGCAUUUGGAUUGGAGUUUGGAGAUGAUGGAGAUCUGAGGAAUUUGCUCAAGGAGGUUGAAGCUAUGCUGGAGAGAAAAUAGGGUUGCCUCCCCGGUGUUGGACACCUCUAAUGUGUGUAUGAUGGGAUCGGAGGGUUGUGAUUGGCGGCAUAUUUUUAUAAAGGCCGGACAGUUCUGAUUUCCUUGACGUUUAUGUACUCUUUUACUUUACUUUUACUGGGUUACGCUAGGUUACGCUGGGUACAUGCGAUGCGUGGUGUUUUUUUCUGGAGCGUU